AUGUCAGACAAUCAAGAAGACAUACUCCAAAGUUUCAUACCUUCCUAUCGUGAUCAGCAAAGAUACUAUACCCUCUGCUUACUGCUACAACUACAACUACCAACAACAAUAACAACAACAACAACAACAACAAACAACAAGGAAUCUACCAGUCUAUCUGUAUGUGAACAAAAGAUAUGGAACAGAUUUAGAAAUACAAAGAAAGGCUCCUACUGUGACCCAGUUUGCUGGUGA